UGGUUAACGUUGUGCUUGAGGGUUGUCAGCAGCAGAAAGAGGGUGGGGUUUGAAGUUCGGAGAGAAGUUCACUGAUUGGCUUGGAACGUAUUCAGACUCCAACCAAUAGGAGACUGGCACGGUUUCUUUUAAAAGUAACGUCGCAGCUCUCUGAAUUGUCAUUGGUAUUUUGAACUGUCUUGUAACUGGUGUUAUCACAAUGAGUGGAAGAGGCAAAACCGGAGGAAAAGCCCGCGCUAAAGCCAAGACUCGCUCCUCCAGAGCUGGACUGCAGUUCCCCGUCGGUCGUGUUCACAGGCUUCUCCGCAAAGGCAACUAUGCCGAGCGCGUCGGUGCCGGUGCUCCGGUGUAUUUGGCCGCUGUGCUCGAGUACCUCACUGCGGAGAUCCUGGAGCUGGCUGGAAACGCCGCUCGGGACAACAAGAAGUCCCGUAUCAUCCCCCGUCACCUGCAGCUGGCGGUGCGCAACGACGAGGAGCUGAACAAGAAGACCGAGAAACCUGCCAAGACCAAGUAAACCGAGUGAAGUUUGUUCUCAAACCAACGGCUCUUUUAAGAGCCACA